AUUGAAAUGUAAUUUAAUGGUGUCAGGCAUUUGAUGUCAAGUUGGUUCAAAAUCCGCCAAUGUCUAUGACCAUGGUUUGUAUUAUGGCUUGUUGUGUAUAAUGGCAUAGUUUUUAAGUGGAUUUUAAAAUUUUCUUUUCCGUGGUCUGGGUUAAUUGCUAAGUGGGACUUUGGUGAACAAUGAUACAUGCAUUGGGCUUGGAGCAGUUUAUGACUGCAGCCAUUGAUGGAAAUGCAACCUAGAAAGCUAUAUAUGACCCCUGUAGAAAUCCUUGCAUUCCUGUGAUACGGGUGUUGCAAUGUUAGGAUGAAAUUUUUAUCUGCUAGUUGUAGGGGUAUGGCUGACUGCAAGAGAUUCCAUACAAGUAAAUUGUGUUUAUCUGGUAUAUUUUCAAAUUGGGUGUUCAGGACAUGGUGUUGAUUGAAAAUCUACUCAUGCUCAUGGCUACGGUCGUAUUUGUGGCGAGUAAUUUAUAGUGAAUUGGUAUUAAAAUCGAGUGAUGUACAUGCAUGCACUGAGCUCCGAGCUGUGGUUAUUGAUGGAAAUGCAGGCAGCUUAGAAAACUAUAUAUGAGCCUCCAUGAAAUCCUUUUGCUUUUCUGUUCGCAGGUGUUGGAUUUAAAAUGAAAUUUCUGUUUGGGCUAGAUUGGAUUCUUAAGGUAUGGAUUGGACUUUGUAGUAUUAAACUGUGUAUGGAAGUGGAUUUUGUGUGAUUACAAUCAUUGGAUCAGUUGCACUCCUUUGGCCUGAUGAUGGAAAACUCAUUUCUGGGAGCGGUACUAUGGAUUAUUAUAAGUAUGAGCCUUUUCUAUCAUUCUUUCCAUGCUAGUCCUCAUCAUCAUCAUCAUCAUCAUCAUCAUCACCACCACUCUCUUUCUCUCUCUCUCUCUCUCUCUCUCUCUCUCUCUCUCUCUGUGGCAUGCAUGGCCGAAGAUGUGAAGAGGCUCAUACUGAUAAUCCAGCAGCUAACCGUCGAUGACCAGAUAUAGCUAUGAGAUCUGAAGGCUUAUGCAGAGACAAAUUUUACGUAUGUAGUGAUAACAUCCUCUCUAAGGUGACCUUGCAACAUGGAUUCAAUAAAUUUUAGUCAACUGGAAAUAGUUGUGGUGUCCUGUGAUGCAGUGAUGGUGCAGGAGCAUCUGUUAGAAUCUCCUAAUCAAAGUGGGCAUCAGCCAAAAAGGCUAAGUUUUAGUUGUAUUAAAUUAAUAGGUUAUUUUAUUACUUGUUUUCCUAUUCUUACUAGGAUUUGGAUUUAAUUUCCUGUUUAGGUUUUUAAUUUCCUAUAUCAAUUAGGUUUUCUAUAUUCUAGUAUAAAUAGGCUAUUAAGAGACUGUUGUAUUUAGUUUUGUUGAUGAAUAUAAUUUCAGACUUUAGUAUAUAGAGUUUCUAUUGGUGUUUUGCCCUAGAACUCAAUUAUCUUCGUUCCAACUUCAAUUCUACUGCUUUAUCCUUCUAUUCUCUGUAUUUUUGAUAUGUUUGGGUCACUGGACAGCAGCUUAUAGCCGCUGCCCUGCAUCAAGUGAUCUUUACAAUGGCACUCUGAUCUCAUCCAUGGUUUUGUUUUUCUUUUGGUCUGGUAUGUACUACAAGUGGGGAACUGUUAUGUUUGAUUCUUGUGUAUAUGCGCUUUAUAAGCAUAAUUUGCCCAAUGAUGCAUACUUGUGUUCUUUGGUGGUUGAUUUGAUUGUCAGUAUGAGCCUUGAUGCUUGUGUUUUUGAGUUGUUGUUGUUGUUGUUGUUGUUGUGGCAAGGCUGUAAAUGAAAAUCAAAGCCCACCAUUAUUGAUACAUUCAGGACAUGAUAAGAUCUGAGGGCUUUUUUUCCUUUCUUUUCUUUUACUUGGGUAAGUGGUGUCGGGGAAAUGGAUAUUUGUCGGUUUACACGUUGAAGGUAUGUUGGCAAAUGUCUUUGUUAUCGGUCUUAUGCUUUGUUGUUUCUAUUCUUCAUCAUGUUGAUUCAUAUGUGAUAACAAGUUUGUUGCAUCUAUAUAAAUUUUCCUUUGGUUUUAAUGUUGAAACCUAUUAGCUCUUUCAACAUGACAAUGUGCAGUUUUUUCUCAUUAUUUUUCCUACUUUCUUUCGUUUGGAACUCUAUUAAGUCUGUUAAUUCAUGUGGACUGGUGGAAUUUUAUAGUUGCAGUCUAUGACAACUUGGGUGUCUUUUUUGCUUGUAUUUCCAUUGGCUCUCAUUUUGACAACUAUUUGCUGCCUCUUCCAGCAUUAAAGGUGUAUGCUCUGACUCUCUGGUUAAGAGUCCCCGUAAUGUUAGUGUUUGACUGUGGGCUGUUUAGGUAUUGUUGGGUUACAGUCUCUGUUUUGGCAUUGAGGUUUUUGUAUGCUUGUAGUCCCGGUAAGUUUUGGCCUAUAAGUUGUUUGCUUAAGUACCUCAGUCCUGGUAGUGUUUAGUGUUUUUGCCUUUAGAUUAGACAGUGGAUAACUAGGUUUUUAAUUUUCCAGGGCUUGCGAACAAUUAUGACAGAUUUUUUCUGCUUCUUUGUUAAGUUGAUUUAUGGGAUUAAUCAGUCUUGCGCUCACUUGGCAAAUGAUUUUUCCUCAGCUUUAUCUGAUUGUGUACUUCUUUUGUCUGUUAUAAUAGUUCAUCUACCUGCACCUAUUUGAGUUCACCACCCGUGGUUAGCUCAAUUUUUUUAUUUUUUAUUUUUUGAAAACCCAAAACUCCACUUUGGCCCUCGUUUGGGAUUCUGCUUCACUUUAAAGUAAGAAGUUUAAGGUGUUUGGUAAAAAUAAAAUAUCCCGAUUAUUUUAAAAGCAGUGGCCUUUUGACAGUAACUUUUAAAAGCAAGCUUUGAGUUGCUUUUCAAAGCUGCUUUCAAAAGAAGCAGAGAUGAACCUUUAAUAAGUUGCUUGGUAAGCAGAGACACCAACUGGUCCCAAACCCACUGGACUACAACUCAUUGGUCCCAAGGUUAGCUCUAUGAUGGAUGACGAAAUUUCAUCGAGCAGCUGCUUGGUUUGAUCUAUCAUUGACCUUUAUAACCCCACAACCCUCUCUUUCUCCUUUCCUCUAUCUAUGUGUGUGUGUGUGUGUAUAUAUAUCUUGGUUGUGGGGGAUGGCUUUUGGUAGAUCCCAUUAGCAUUAAGCUGUGAAUGAUUUGAUGGAAUCUAUUAGUUCUGAGGGCUUUUGGUAGAUCCCAUUAGCAUUAAGCUGUGAAUGAUUUGAUGGAAUCUAUUAGUUCUGAGGGCCUUCUCACACUCUAGUUUCUCUCAGAGCUUUCUGUAUUGAAGAUUGCUGAAACUACUGAGUUCGUGUUUCCAAUGUGUUGAUAUGAAAAUAGCCGCAUGUGUCCAUCUGAAUUUGAUUGAUUUUGCACAUCAUGGGGAUUUGGAUUGUUUAAGAUUCAAAAUUCACUCACAAUUGCAAAUUUUUUUCACCACUGCAGCUGUGUAUCCAUUUUUUUUCUUUUUUGUUUUUUCUUUGGCUAAUGAAAAUACAUAAUGAAUGUUGAAGCAAAUCCAUUUUCAUAAUUCUUGUUAUCAUGUGGUUUAUAGCACAUCUAUUUCAAUCAGCUGUUUAUGCUUUUCUGGGUUUAUGUGGAUGCGGAAGUUUUGAAAUUUGAACGGUUUUCUGCUAGGAUAUCGAUUUUUAUAUGACAGCACCUCCUUGGGUAAUUAUGAGCUGUUUUGUUUGCUCAAUUAUAUUUCAGUUUGUAAAAUUGUUCUUGUAAAAGAUAGUCAUCAGUUCAAUUCUCACUCCCCUUGCAUUCAUUAAUUUAUCCAUUGACGGCCGAAUAUUUACAUAUAUUUUUUGUUAGCUGAAGUAAUUUGCUAUUUCCUUCAUGUAUAAGUUAUUCUAUGUGCUGUAGCUGUAUGGAAAUCAUAUAUGGUUGGUUUCUUUUGGAUGAUGCUUUUGAGCAUUCUCUGAUAAUAUGCCCGAUGAUGCAAAUCUGAUUUCAUGGAGCAGUGCUUCACUUUAAGCCUCCAUUUGUUACACCACUGUGACCGUCGUCAAUGUCUUCUGCUGCUGCUGCUGCUUCUUCAUCUUCAUCAUCAUGUUUAUUAUUAUUAUUAUUAUUAUUAUAUGUGGCGAUGAUCCAGUGGUGUUCCUGAAUGUUGAUCGGCUUUCAAUGAAGUUUCACUGUCUCAAAUGUCUGAGGGCCCAAAACUUCGUUUGGCGAUUUAAUUCAUUGAUAGGCCAAUGGAUUUUACCUGUGCUGUCUAAAUGUGCCCCAUCUGUUAAUUAAUGAAAAUACAUUUACAAGCUCAAUAACAGAAAAUUAUAGUACUCUUAUUGAAAGACCACAAUAAAAUUUUCACCAAAAACAAAACACCAAUAAAAUAGAGAAAAAAAACACUUUUUUAGAAUAUAAAAAAGAACAAAAAAAGACCUGUUAGUUUGUGGUUAAGUCGCAUUACUAGGCAAGGAGUGAGUUUGUAUGGGCCAGAGGGAAGCAUUAGCCCGUCUUAAACUACUACUAGCCUCCUUUUAAGACUACUUGCCUCCUUUUCUGCAAAGAGAUAUGAGAAGGAUAUUUAGAAAAACUUUUGCACACAUGUCAUACUGUUAUUGGCAAUUAGCAAGAAUGUAUGAGCUUCUCCAUUCCUACUUACUUACAUGGUGAGGGAAGUAUAUUAAAUUAGUUUUGUUUUUGGUCAAUAGUGAGCUGUAAUGACUCACAUCAUUGCCAAAAUCUACUAACCAGUGUCAGUGUAUUUCGAUUGCCAGCUUCUGUGUGAUUAUUAACACGUAAAACUAAAACUUAUACGAAUUUCAAAUUAAAAUCUGUAAUUUGUUAUCUAAAAAAUUAAGAAUUAGACUAACUAGAAUGCUAAUUUCCGUGUGUUUAUUAACACAGGUAUAAAAAUAAUAUGAAUCUCAAAUUCAAAUUUGUAAUUUAUUAUCCGAAAAAUCAAGAAUUAGAUUAAUGAAGUGGUGAAUCUCUCUUCUAUUCCUUUUUAAACCCAAAGCUUUGGCACGUGGAAUGACAAAAAAUAAAACUAAACAAAUAAACUACUGCCGACGUGUCCAGCCUGCCGCUGACGUGCGUUCUGCUUCUCUUUUGCUUUUGUCUGUUUGUUUGCUGAGAAAAUUUCUACUUUCUUUCCCCUUUAUUCUCAUGGAUGUUAUUUCUGUUUGAUGAGAAGAAAGUAUGGGAGUGAGGAGCUACCAUCGUUUCCUUGUGCAUCUCUGCCAUUGAUUUUCUUUGUUAGAAAUGUAUAAUUAUGUUUCUCUGUGCUUUCCCUUCUCUGGGUUUUCUAAUUUAACCCAGAGAACCAAAAUGGGGUCUCAAAUUUAGCGAAGAGAACAGUCUUUCUCUGGUUUUCCCAAUUCUCAAUGGUCCCUCUGCCUCAACCAAGAAAACCCAAUUACGUUUAAGAUUGAUUUUUCACUUCUGGAUUCAUCUCUCUACGUCUUUCUCAGAGAUUUGGAUGUUUCUGUUUUUUUAACACAUAGAUUAAGGAGGCUCUUGAAAUUGGCAGAAGUCUGAAGCUUUCGGCUUGAAAAGGAGACUGCUACACCACCAGCAGAAAUUUUUGGGAGAGAGUGAAUGAGUAAAAGGGCAGUUUCAUUUUUUCCACAGGAGGAGGAGAUGGAGAUAAACAAAGAAAACAGGAAACGUCCUUCAUCGGACUCUCUUGUACAGCAAAGUCAAUGGCAACUGCACAAUUCUGACCCCCCAACAGUUGCCUUUGCUCGUUCUAUGGAUCUAAAUAGAGAAAACAAGAAACGUGCUUCAUCAGACUCAUUUUUACAGUGGAGCCAAUGGCAACUGCUCGAUUCUAUCCUUCCAACAGGUGGUUUUGCUCACUCUUUUGGUCUUGAGGCAGCAAUCCAAGCGAGCAUAGUCUCUUGUCCUGAAGAUCUCCAAACUUUUGUAAUCCAUCUGUUGGAGAAUACUGGAAGCUUACUCCUUCCUUUUGUCUAUUCUACAACAAUGUCGCCUGAUUCUGAGACCAGGCGCAAACUCGACAAAAUGUUGGAUGCAAUGUUAACUAAUGAAGUGAGUAGGAAGGCAUCAAUUUCACAAGGGUCGGCAUUGAUGAGGGUGGCUGCAUCCGUGUACUCAGAAAUACCAUAUCUUAAAUCUAUGAGGGAAGCUUCUUUAAGUUCUGGGGUUGUUUCUUUUCACCAUGCCCCUAUGUUUGGGGUUAUAUGUGGUCUGCUCGGGUUGGACAGCGCUACUUCUCAAAGGGCUUACAUGUUUAUUACAAUGAGAGAUGUUAUUUCUGCUGCAACAAGGCUCAAUUUGGUAGGGCCCCUUGGUGCGGCUGUACUGCAGCAUCAGAUUGCUCCUGUUGCUGAAGCUAUACUGAAUCGAUGGAAGGACCGUCCAGUUGAGGAAGCAUGCCAAACUGUUGCUUUGCUUGACAUUGUGCAAGGUUGCCAUGGCUACCUGUUUUCUAGACUGUUCUGUUCUUAAAGUCCCCAAAUAAAUGCAUCAAAUGGUGGAGCCUGCUUGAACUUUUCUUAAUCUUCUUUAGGAAAAGCUUCAUCCAAAGACUGAGGAAGCAUUUAAUUCAAAACUCUCUUUUCAAGAUGUGGAAGUUCCUAGUUACAAAGAGAAAAUAUGUAUUACUCAAUUUCUUUCUGGUUUUCUUUCAACUCAAAUACAGAACAGGAAAUUCAAAAA